CCGGAAGUGUUCAUGUCGGACAGGAAGUUACUAAACGGCACAGUACGCUGCAUUAAAGGCCUACUGAAAUGAGAUUUUCUUUAUCAAACGGGGAUAGCAGGUCCUUUCUAUGUGUCAGACAUGGUCAUUUUGCGAUAUUGCCAUAUUUUUGCUGAAAGGAUUUAGUAGAGAACAUCCACGAUAAAGGUCGCAGCUUUUGGUCGCUAAUUAAAAAGCCUUGCCUGUACCGGAAGUAGCAGACGAUGUGCGCGUGACGUCACAUCUGAACAUUGUUUACAAUCAUGGCCACCAGCAGCGAGAGCGAUUCGGACCGAGAAAGUGACGUGAGGAGGACCAGUUGUGGCAACUUCUAGCCGACAUUCAGACAAAGCAAACAUCAUCAUCCUCUGGCAGCAGCACACACCUGCAAAAUGCGUGUGAGUGCAGGGCAGCAGUGAGUGCGGGGCUGUGGCAGAGUGGGUACUAUGCUGGCUGGAUGUUGAGAGAGGAGGAAGGUGUUUCCACCAGGGAACUUCUCCUGGCUCUUGGCUGGCAGCUGGCCUCUGGAACCCUGGAGAAGCUUUUGACUCAGCGAGUACAAGAACUGGACCAAACCCUAAUCACACCUACUCCUGUGGUGAAAGUUGAGGUUUCCCCGCAGCCUGAAGUGCAGAGUAGUGAGCUGAGAAGGCUGCACUGGCUGCUGGGCUCCCUGAGACAUCAAGGCCAGGUGCUGCUGUCCAUGCGGGAAGAGCAGGCCGUCUUGCUGCAUGCUGUGUUUUCCAGCAGUCCACUUCCUGUGUUUACUUCCUCCUCAGGUGAAGACUGCACGGUGCUGAGUGAGAGUUGUGUUGGUGUGCAGCAGCUGUGUGACCUUCUUGAGUUGUACCUCAGGUGGAGGGAAGUGGAGACUGUGUUCUGGAUGUGGAUGGACAGUGUGGUGGGUUGCCAGGUGACGGAGGUUGUGGCUGAGAGGUGCACACGCACACCCAGCAGGGGGGCAGGGGUGUGUCACACUGGUCAUCUGUGUGGACAGCAGCUGGAGGACAUCCAGGCCAGACUGACUACUGUGCAGAAGGUGCUGCAGACAGCCAGAGUGGACGCUGAAGACCGAGGAGAGAGACUUGCUGGUUCCAGUGACACACCAUCAUCACUCUCCCUCUCUCAGACGUACCGAGGCAGACUGCAGGCAGGGCGUCCAAGGCGGCAGCAGCAGCAGGGUGGUCAGGUGUGGCUGUGUCAGGUGUCACAGGUGUUGCAUGAGAGGCAGAGAUGUCUGCAGGAGAGGAGGAAGACUCUGAGGAAGACUAACAAGCUGCAGCUGCAGGACAUGAUGGCCAUGAUGGAACACCUAUUGUUGUUAGCACCUUAAACCUUAUCACCUGUCAUACUCUUCACCUGCACUCAACCAGCUGUCUUCUUACCUACUACUACUUACCAGAGAGUAGCCAGAAAUUGUACUCAAGUAAGAGUACUGUUACUUUAGAGAUGUAUUACUCAAGUAAAAGUAAGGAGUAGUCACCCAAAUAUUGACUUGACUAAAAGUAAAAAGUAUGUUGUGAAAAAACUACUCAAGUACUGAGUAAUUGAUGAGUAACCUGAUUACGGCAACAGAUAAUGAACAAAAACAUAAAAAUAGCAAUGAGCAAACUCAGAGUCAGGACUAUCUCUUAAGCAAUUAAAACAAUAAUAUAUUUUAAAAAGUAGUACAUUAAAAUAAAAAAAAAAUUAAAGCAUAUUGAGCCACAAUAACUUAACAGCACCAUAGGCUCAGUAGGCAUUUAUUGAUUUGAUUGAUUGAUUAAAACUUGUAUUAGUAGAUUGUACAUACCACCAAGCCACUAGAGGAAAGACAUUCAGCAUCCAACAUUGCAGAAUGGUUGGAAUAAGUAGUAGCCAGGUUUGAAAAUCUCCUAAGCAAAAUUAUUGCUAUUGUGCAGGACAAUGGUGCACUUUAUAAAAAAAAACAAAAACAUUUUUGUAACACUUGCCUUGUUUUAUUUGGCAAGUCGAAAGGACAUGGUGCCAGUAUGCUGUUUUUUUAAAUAAAGUAUU